AUGUGCCGAGCGGGGGCGGGGGGCGGCAGUGAGGAUGGCUAUGUAAAUGGUAUCAAAUGCUACUUCUGUAGUCAGAGUACGGAUGGUGGUAGUGUCGAUGAGUGUACAUCAAAAUUUCAAAACUUAACAACGGAUUAUUCACUGGCAUUCGUUUGCUAUGAAUCAGCUAUAUUUAGUGUCCAAACUGGUAAAAUACAUGCAGUAGAACGUGGUCUGAAACAAGAUUAUUCAUGUGAUCUGACACGAAGGUGUCAAACUGAAACGUUAAUCAAUGGUGUUAAACGUGUUACAUGUUGUUGUAAACAGGACCUUUGCAAUAAACCAAGCGUAUGCUAUACAUGUAAUGAUUCACAAUUAGAUAGACGGACAAAAUGCUAUGAUCCACCACGAACUGAAUGUGAUAAUUUACCAUUGAGUAGUGGAUGUAAACCAACAGUGUACUAUCCAAUGACAUAUCAAAUAACUGAACCAACAGAACGCUGUUAUACUACAAAAAUUGGUGUUGGUAAUGAUACAUUUAGAAAUCCAUUAGAACGUGGUGUUAAAUCAGUUUUAGAUUGUGAAGAUCCUAAUGGUUGUAACACUGAACAUUCAACUGGCUUAAUACAAAUUAAAAAAUGUUGUUGUAAUGGAAUUUUAUGUAACAAUCAAUAA